GCCGUUUGUGCCACCCUCCCUGUCGCCAUGACAAUGCCGCUCAGCCCCCUCUCCAGUGACGAGGAGCAGCAAAGGAUGUUGGGAAACAAUAGACAUCUAUAUCCUGGGGCAGAGGAUGAGGAAGAGGAGGAGGAGGAAGAUGAAGAAGAGGAGGGUGAGGAAGAUGGCCGUGAUAAGGAGGGAGAAGAUGGGGAGAAUGGAGAGCUGGAGGGAGAAGAGGAGGAAGAGGAAGUGGAGGAAGUCAGGCGAGGAGGAGGCAUGUCGCGAGGAGGCAGGGAUGAGGGGCACAGGCAAUUAGGCAAAAUGGCUGGACGACCCACAGGAGACAGACAGAUACGACCCGGCAACAUUGGGCACACAGUAAACCCUUAUUCGUCCAACCAUGGACCCACCCAUCAACAGCCAGCCAAUCAGCAGCAGCAGCAGAAGAGGCUGAGAGAGCAUAGCUCCAGCAGGGCGCCGUCAGAGGACGCCCACAUCGCCAUGAUGGUGUUCCGCAUCGGCAUCCCCGACAUCAAACAGACGAAGUGUUUGCGGUUCAACCCAGAUGCGACCGUUUGGAAGGCCAAGCAGCAGGUGCUAUGUUCUCUGACCGAUUCGUUGCGGGAUGUGUUGAACUACGGCUUGUUCCAACCAGCCACCGAAGGCCAUGACGCCAAGUUCCUGGAGGAGGAGAAGAUGCUGAGAGAGUACCCACAAUCCUUUGAGAAGGGGGUACCAUAUCUGGAGUUUCGUUACAAGACCAGAGUGUACAAACAGACCAAUCUAGAUGAGAAACAGCUGGCUAAACUGCACACUAAGGCCAGUCUGAAGAAGUUCAUGGACUAUAUCCAAAGUGGCUCUGUGGACAAGAUGGCCAAGUUCUUGGACAAAGGGCUUGACCCCAACUACCAGGACCCUGACACGGGAGAAACCCCCCUGACGUUGGCGGUGCAAUGUGAGCCGGGGGGAGGGGAGGCCAUACGGGGGCUGGUGCUGGGAGGGGCUCAUCUUGAUUUCAGGUCCAAGGACGGACUCACACCUCUACACAAGGCUGUCCGCAGCCACUGCCACACAGCCUUGCUGACCUUGCUGUCUCUGGGUGCGUCUCCAGACUAUAAGGACCGGCGGGGGCUGACUCCGCUCUACCACACUGUGCUGACAGGGGGCGACACCUCCUGCUGUGAGACCCUGCUCCACCACCGCGCCAAGCUGGCCGUCAGGGACGAGAACGGCUGGGAUGAGACACACCAGGCCUGUCAGAAUGGCAACGCCCAGCAUCUGGAGCACCUUCUUUUUUACGGCGCAGACUCCACUUCCCAGAAUGCCUCAGGAAACACUGCCUUGCACGUUUGUGCUUUAUACAACAAGGACAGCUGUGCACGAAUUCUCCUUUACAGGGGAGCCAAUAAAGACACAAAGAAUAACAGUGGGCAGAACCCAUUUCAGGUGGCUGUCAUGUCCGGCCAUUUUGAGCUAGGAGAGAUUAUCAAAAACCACCGGGACACAUAUGUAGUACCUUUUCUUGAGUCUCCCAAAUACGCCCCUCAGAGGCGAGAGAGUGCACCGCGCACCCUGGCGCUGCCCCACCCUCACCCCUUCCUGCGUGCCAACAGUGAUAACAGUAUGAACCUGCCUGACUGGAUGGCACUGCCCAAUACACCAGGCUCCAACAUAGUGUCUGUACAGGGCUAUAAGCAUUCAGGUACCAUGCGUAGCUCCAGUAGUCCCCGUGGGGCGCGGACUCGCUCCCCGUCCCGAGGGAGAGCAGGGGAUAAGGAGGACAGGAGUCGGCAGAGUCGGAGGCAGGGCGGAGGGGGAGGAGAAGGAGGCGGAGUAGGAGGAGGCGCAGGAGGGACGGGGUCUGUCAGCAGCAAUAUGGUUACAGCAGCAGGGGGCCAGCGGAGGCGUCUCUACAGCGCCGUCCCAGGACGUGUGUUUGUGGCCACGCGUUCCCACUCCGCCCAGGGAGACAGAGAGAUUAGCAUCAGCAAGGGAGACAAAGUCAAAGUGCUGAGUGUGGGCGAGGGAGGGUUCUGGGAGGGCACGGUUAAGGGACGGACCGGCUGGUUCCCCUCAGACUGUGUAGAGGAAGUGGCAGUCCGUAGCCAGGACAACCGCUCAGAGAGCCGCAGUGAGAAAGCCAAGAGACUGUUCCGCCAUUACACCGUGGGCUCCUACGACAGCUUCGACGCUCCCAGUGACUAUAUCAUCAAGGAGAAGACAGUGCUUCUGCAAAAAAAAGACAGUGAGGGUUUUGGCUUUGUGCUGAGAGGAGCCAAGGCUCAGACCCCCAUCGAGGAGUUCACUCCCACCCCAGCCUUCCCAGCACUGCAGUACCUGGAGUCUGUCGACGAAGGAGGCGUGGCCUGGAGAGCCGGUCUGAGAAUGGGAGACUUCCUCAUUGAGGUGAAUGGUCAGAAUGUGGUGAAGGUGGGACACAGGCAGGUGGUCAACAUGAUCAGGCAAGGUGGAAACGCCCUCAUGGUCAAGGUUGUCAUGGUGACACGCAACCCUGACAUGGAGGAUGGCCAGAGAAAGAAAAUCCCCCAGCAGAGUAAAAGACUAAGCACUCCGGCCAUCGCUCUCCGCUCUAAAUCCAUGACCUCAGAACUGGAGGAGAUGGUGUCCCAGUUCACCUGGAGGUCACGCUGCACGAUAGCACCAGCAUCAACAGGGAAAUGA